AAAGAGUACGUGGUUAAUCCAAGUCCACGAAUAAAGGCUAAUAGUCUUUGAUCAUCAUUAAGCUCUGUACAAACUCAACAAAAAAAUAAAUUCCAAAGAAAUGUCAGACACAGAAAUCCAAGUAGAUUGGUCUGCAAUCCCAGAUGACAUCCUGGUUAAAAUUGCAGAAACUCUGACAAUCUACUCCGAUUACAUCCGGUUAAGAGCAGUUUGCCUUAACUGGAGAAAGUCUCUUCCUUUUACUCCACCUUACACUCUCCCAUGUCAACUUCCAUGGCUUCUCCUCCCUCCUCCUACCUCUAUAACCCCUCACUACGACUCUCGUCGAACAUUCUACAACAUUCUCAGCAACAAACUCCACACCUUCUCUGUUUCAGAAUCAUCCUACCCUCGCCGUAUUCUCGGUUCAUCCCAUGGCUAUCUUAUACUAACCUCUGGCACACCUGAGGUGUUCUGCCUAAAUCCUGUUACCAAAUCCAAAGUGCACCUACCACCACUUUCUACUCUUCCUGGAGUUGUCUCCUUUAAUUUUUCAAAUGUUGGUCGAGAAUACUUUGUUCAAGAUCAGCUAACUGGUCAAAUUUACCCUCUUGAACUGAAGCAAAUGAGGGAUGAUUUCAUUCGGAAACUCGUUCUUUCUUCUCCUUCCAAUGGGUUUGCUUUCGCUAUUACCACUUCCUUCCUUUGUAAAACAACUGAAAUGAUUUUCUGUACAACCUCUGAGGAUCACUGGGUGUGGGUUCCAGUUUCGAAUUUUACUGCUGAAGAUGUGAUUUACUGUGAAUCUCAAGGGUUGUUUUAUGCUGUUAAUGGUGUUGGGGAUGUUGGGAGUUUUCGAGUUAGUAUUGGUGGGGUUUGUGAUGUAACCAUUUGGCAAGCUGUGAAUUUGAUACCAUGUGAUCUGCGGUAUUUGGUAUGGUAUAAUGGUGAACUAUUGCUGUUGACUCGACGUUUGGAAACAGAAGUUGAUAUCAGGACGUACUGUGAGUUGUACAGGACCGUUGGGUUCGAGGUGUACAGGUUUUGUGAGUAUGAACCUGGACGUGUUUGUUGGGAGCCGGUGAUAAGCUUGGGUGAUGGAGUGGUGUUUGUAGGUGAGAGUGCGUCGUUGGCGUUGUCAUCCUCAGAUUUUCCUGGUUGUAAGAAGAAUUGUGUUUACUUUACAGAUGAUUAUUGUAACAGUAAUGAUGUUGGGGUCUUUGAUUUGGAGGAGAAAUGCAUUCAUGCAUUGCCUUGUUUUCCAGAUGAUGCCAGUUUGCCUUUGUAUUGGGGGUCACCCAUAUGGAUUACUCCUAAUCCGCACUAAUUAGUACAAUGUAAUCUCUUGUAACACCAAAUUUAUGCAAUGUUUUUACCUUGUACCAAGAUGAUGCUAGUUGCGUGAUGGCGCUGUAUUCAUAGAUACUCAGAAUCAGGUAAAAGUGACAAGUGAUGUCUGUUAUAAAGUGUCAGCCAAUGAGACAAGGUGCAAAACAAUAAAAUUAACCAAACAAUAUACAUAAAAAGUUUUCACUAACCAGAUGCUUUCCCUCUUCAGAGAUA